ACCUUACCUAACCUAACCUGGAGUUCGCAUCGCAAUCUAACCUAAUAUUCAAUGAUAUUAAUACAACGUAUUUAAUGCAAAAUUAACUUUGAUACCACAGUUACUGUCGAAGACUGGUCUGUCAAUUAUAGGAAAGGUAUUUAAACAAAACAACAACAAAAAAAAAGUUUGUCCACACAAUUGUCACAUUCAACUAUAAUAUCAUCACAUAUAUGCAAAAUGUCACAAACAAUUGAUUUUAAGAUCCAAGCCGUCAAUCAAUCGUUCGGCGCUUUCAAAAGUGCCGAAGAACAAGAAUGGAAAGAACCGUUUGUUUUCAUACAGAGCGCAGACACACAGUUAGGUCUUAUCGACGACUACUUCAAGAAUCCGAAUCCAAACUGGAAUAAAGAAAUUCAAUUAACCAGAGAUGCCAUUCGUGCGGCUAAUCAAAUGCAACCGAAACCCAAGUUUUUCAUUGUUUGCGGCGAUUUAGUUAACGCAAUGCCCGGACACGCCGACAGAUUGCCACAGAUUGUCGACUUUAAGAAAUGUUUUCAAGAUCUGAAUAAUGAUAUACCAUUGGUAUGCGUUUGCGGCAAUCAUGAUGUCGGCGAUAAUCCCACUGUCGAUACGGUUAAAGACUAUCGCCGCGAGUUUGGCGACGACUACUUUGCUUUUGUCUGCUCUGGUGUUAUGUUUGUUGUCUUGAAUUCGCAAUAUUUCAAAGACAUUACACAUGUCGGCGAUUUGGCUGAACAACAAAGCAAAUGGUUGGACACUGUUCUCGAAGAAUAUCGUCGUAAUAGUAGUUACAAACAUUUGGUUGUCUUCCAACACAUUCCGUGGUUUCUAGAAAAGGCCGACGAAGAUGACAACUAUUUUAAUGUUGACAAAGAGUUGCGACUGAAAAUGUUGGACAAGUUAUACGAAGCCGGCGUUCGCUAUAUAUUUACCGGUCAUUAUCAUCGAAACGCCGGCGGUAUGUAUAAGGACAUGGAAUUGGUGGUCACUUCGGCUAUUGGCGCACAAUUAGGUACCGAUCGGAGUGGUCUCAGAGUUGUCCGCGUUUACGAUAAGUCUAUUCAACAUAAAUAUUAUGCCAUCGAAGACAUACCCAAACAGAUUGUGUUUUAAUUGUUUUUUAAUAUAUAUAUAUAUAUAUAUAUAUCUCUAUAUUAGUUAAUAAUUAUUUAUGUUUAAAAAAAAAGU